CUCUCUCAUCACUCUCAUUAUCCAUCACACACCAAUAAAAACACUCAGACCUUAAAAAAAAAAACAGAGUCAGCAAAAAAUGCCUUCUCUUGAGAACUCUGUAACUGUAAUCUCAAGAAGCAGAGUCUUCCCUGACCAAAAGUCAACCCUCGUUGACCUCAAGCUCUCCGUCUCCGACCUCCCCAUGCUCUCUUGCCACUACAUCCAGAAAGGCUGCCUCUUCACGCGCCCUCACCUUCCUCCGCACGCGCUUCUCUCCCACCUCAAACGCUCCCUCUCUCUGACCCUCUCCCACUUCCCUCCACUCGCCGGCCGACUCUCCACCUCCGAAGACGGCCACGUCUUCCUCACCUGCAACGACGCCGGCGCUGAUUUCGUCUCCGCCGCCGCGAAAUCCGUCGGCGUCAGCGACGUGAUCGGCGGAAUCGACGUUCCGGACGUCGUCAAGGAGUUUUUCACUUACGACAGGACGGUGAGCUACGACGGGCAUAACAGACCGAUCCUCGCCGUCCAGGUGACGGAGCUAAACGACGGCGUUUUCAUCGGUUGCUCCGUUAACCACGCCGUGACCGACGGAACGUCGCUGUGGAAUUUCAUCAACACGUUCGCUGAGGUGUCGAGAAGAGGAGUUGGGGACGUGACACGUCAUCCUGAUUUUACGCGGGAGUCUGUGCUAAUCUCACCGGCUGUUCUGAAAGUACCCCGAGGUGGGCCCAAGGUGACGUUCAACGAGAACGAGCCGUUACGUGAGCGGAUCUUCAGUUUCACUAGAGAGCAGAUUCUCGAGCUGAAAGCGAUUGUGAACAAGAAGAGAACCUGGACGGUGGUGGAUAACGGCGUCGAGGUGCUGGGGAAGCAGAGCAACGACAAAAUUAACGGAAAAGAGAACGGUAAACUGACGGAAAUGCUGGAGAGUUUGUUACUAAGAAACGACGCCGUUUCGAAGACGGGGAACAAGCCCGUGGAGAUCUCUUCGUUUCAGUCUCUAUCCGCUUUGCUCUGGCGCGCGAUCACUCGAGCGAGGAAGCUCCCGAGCUCCAAAACGACGACGUUUCGCAUGGCCGUGAACUGCCGCCACCGUCUGAGCCCGAAACUGGACGCGGAGUACUUCGGAAACGCGAUACAGAGCGUUCCGACGUUUGCUGCGGCUGGAGAGGUUCUGUCUCGGGAUCUCCGGUGGUCCGCGGAGCAGCUCAACCAGAGCGUCGCGGCUCACCAGGACGGGAAGAUUCGAAGCGUCGUGGCGGAUUGGGAGGCGAAUCCGAGGUGUUUUCCUCUCGGGAACCCCGACGGAGCGUCGGUGACUAUGGGGAGCUCGCCGAGGUUUCCGAUGUACGAUAACGAUUUCGGGUGGGGGAGGCCGGUGGCGGUUAGGAGCGGGCGGGCGAAUAAAUUCGACGGGAAGAUCUCUGCGUUUCCGGGGAGGGAUGGAAACGGGAGCGUUGAUUUGGAGGUGGUGUUAGCGCCGGAGACGAUGGCUGGGAUAGAAUCUGACGACGAGUUUAUGCGAUACGUGUCGAAGAAGUAACGGAAUUGAUGUAAUAACGUAACGGUUUGCUUUUUCUUUUUUUAAUGUGUCUGAAGAACUUUAACAAUGUAAUAUUGUAAUGAAAUUCUGUAAAAGUUGUUGACUCCAUAAAAUAUGUUGCAUUUACACU